CUUUUUCCUCCAAAAAUUUCCCUCCCUCGUAUCUCUAUAUAUAUGCCGCUCCCAAACGGCCAAACCCAUAGAAUCCCCAUCAAUUCAUUAAGCACAAAACCAAACAACCAUUUUCCCUUCCCCUUCAAAAUGUCGUCACAGCAAAUCGCAUCCCACAGAGAAAACGCUGAGAUAUACACCGGCGAUGCGAUAUGCAAACAAAAAUCUCGCCAACUACUCGAGAAAAUGAACCUCCCAAAAGGCUUGCUCCCUUUAGACGAUAUUCUGGAAGUGGGCUACAACGAGAACUCCGGAUUCGUUUGGGUGAAGCAGAAGAAGAGCAAGGUGCACCAAUUCCGUGCAAUUGGGCGCAGUGUAUCGUAUGAUACAGAAGUCACGGCGUUCGUUGAGGAUCGUAGGAUGAGAAAGUUGACAGGCGUCAAGAGCAAGGAGCUUCUGAUCUGGAUCACAAUUUCUGACAUACACAUUCAGGAUCCCAGUUCUGGAAAAAUUACUUUUGGUACUCCUGCUGGAAUUUCCAAAAUUUUUCCGGUGUCGGCAUUUGAGGAAGAAGAUGAAAUGGUCAAGACUUGAUAAAGCAGGAGAAUGAUUUUCAUAAUUUAUUAGGGAAUAAUCAAUAAUGGGAUGUUUUAUGUUAUUAGAAUUUAAGUAGAAUGAUUUUCAUAAUUUAUUAGGGAAUAAUCAAUAAUGGGAUGUUUUAUGUUAUUACAAUUUAAGUACUUUUACUGUUGAAUUUAGUACUGUUGUGUUGCUUGAGGUUUAAGAUAAGUAAAAAUAGUUCUCCUGUUUCAUUUCA